AGAUGGUGGAACACUGGUGGAACGCAACAACGGAGUGUCUCAGAGUGGCGGUGCUUGUGUUUUACCCGUUCAUCUUCAUGUCUGAGGACGGUCCCCCCUACAAGGUCACAGGCUCCAUGAAGGAAGUGCUGGACAUCAUCGCCAGAAAACUCAGUUUCUGCUACGAGUACGUGGUGCCAGAGGACAGGCAGUUUGGCCUCAAGAUGACUAACGGGUCGUGGACGGGAAUGAUUGGGAUCUUGGUACGCCAGGUGAGGCUCGGGAGCAGGGUAUUCACUCAUGGCACAACUUCUCCCUCCCACUGUUGGUGAGACCAAUGUUUUGUUAACUUUUCCACUCCAAUAUCUCUUAAUGUGAGCAUAGGCAGUACAGCAACCUUUGAUUUGAGGUUCUUUAGUCCCGUCUUUGCUGCAUGACCAUCAUAAAACCAGUUUCACUUGGUAGAGGCUCAUCAUAACACCAAAUAUCGCUUUCAGGACCUUGUUUUGAGAAGUGCUGUCCCAAAUACCCUGUCUACUUUUUUUCUUCUUAUUGAUCUCAGAAAUUCUACUAACAUACAGUGUUUGAAAAUUACAGUAGGUAAAUGUACAUAUGUUAGACUAAUUUACUCGCACGCAUUUUCAUUCAUUUAUUUAAUUUUAAUUGAUUUUUUUUUUUUUCUCUUUUUGAGGGAGGUGGAAAUGCACACCAUGGCACAAAUGGCCUUUACACCACGUCUGUUCUAUCUCAGUUUGAGAAAACAUAAACAGAAAAUAUAAGUACACAAAACUAU